AUGAUAGCUGAAAAUCACACUGCACCUUACAGGCCUGUUGAGAUACCUUACGCGAAUUAUGUGCCAGUAAUUCCAAUUUCUGUAAAGUACAUAGAUAAAUACAUUCAACCGGUUAUUGUAUCCGCUAUUGGUGCGUUUGGAAUCUUCACAAACUUUCUCAGCAUCUGUGUUUUCAUCAAACAAGGAAUCAAGGAUUGCGUCAGUGUAUGUUUGAUUUCUUUGUCAGUCACGGAUUUGUCAUCAGUCAUGGCGUCGUUUCUGGCAGAGUGCAUUAAAAUCAACCCGAACCUGGAGUUUGAUCCCAUAGCCAUACAUCACAUGCUGAUUCGUAUAUCAGGCAUGUUCUACCACAGCUCCACAUUAACUACUGCACUUUUGGCAUUGGAAAGAUGCCUCUGUGUGUCAUGGCCGAUUAAGUUCAAGGAUUUCUUCACGCUUAGGAGAUCUCUUUUUGCUAUGGUCCUUAUUACGCAUUAG